UUGUAAACACGUCAAAGAAACCGAAUAAGGAAAAAAGGAUAAUUGAUACGAAGUAUUAACAAUUAUAUGAAAAUUAUAUUUUUAACAUAAGAGAGAAUUUAUAACAAACAUGAGCGUUCAAAAACGAAAAAACUACUAUCAUAAUAAUGGAAGUAACCAAAAAAAACAUAAACAUUUCUACUUGGAGCCAGGUAUGAUAGGUUUCUUAUGUACAUGUAAUUUCCAUGAGAAAGAUUGUGUACGUGAUGCUUAUAAAUUACUUAACGAAUUUGCUGAUGAAAUUUAUGGACCAGAUAUCACAAAGGACUGUGAUAAAGAUAGUACUAAAGUAUCUACAAUAGAACCAGAUGAUUCUAUUGAUGAAACAGAAAAAAAUGAUGAAGAUGAUAUAUCAACUGCUUUAAAUAAAGAAAUAAAUGAAUUAAAAGCAGAAUAUGCAAAACCAGUAACUGCCAGAAGAUUUCAGGUAGUUGAUACUGGUGUGAAGAAUGUAGUUUUUAUAAGAAGCACCUUAAAAAAUCCUUUGGAAUUAGUUACUAAAAUUAUCACUAAAUUACAUAAAACAAAAGAGCAACAUUCACGAUUCUUAUUGAGGUUACUUCCAAUUGAAGCUGUCUGUAAAGCAAAUAUGAAUGAUAUAAAGUCAAAAGCAAAUGUAGUGCUUGAAAAAUACUUUGCACAAGAACCAAAAACAUUUGGGAUUGUAUUUAAUCGACACAGCAACAAUAAUAUACACAGAGAGGAAGUCAUUGAAGAUCUAGCAGAUAUAAUAAACAAAAAGAAUCCUGGAAAUAAAACAGAUUUAAGAAAUCCGGAACUUGCGGUAAUAGUUGAAGUAAUACGCGGUGUUUGUCUUCUAUCUAUUGCUCCAAAUUAUUAUAAGUACAGAAAAUACAAUUUACUAGAAAUAUGCAAUAUGAAAGAACCCACAAAUGACUUAAAGAAAGCAGAUUCUGGAAAAAAUAAAGAAGAAAGUUCACAUGUAGAAAGUACAAUAGAAGACACAAAUUUAUCAAAAGAAACAGUUGAUAAUUCAUAA